UUGUUUACAUAAUGAUGUUGUGUAUUGUGAAAUGUUUAAAAUAAACAAAUUCACGAUGAGAUGAUUUCGAAAUAUUAUGUAACAUUUUUAUUUUCAAUUGUGUUUAUUAUUGUACUCAUUUUCAAUCCGAGUAACGGAGCUUCGAUUGAUUUUAAUGACAUCGUUGAAGAAAACAGAGAAAAAUACGGUUCUAACACUUAUCAAGGUAUAAUUUCUGAAAUAUGUGCAUUGCGAAUUGUAGGCGGUGUCACUGUGAAAAUUGAAGCCAUACCGUUUCAGGUAUCAUUACGAGAAAAGUCUUUUGGUCAUUUGUACUGGACGAGUUUUUGUGGUGGCGCACUUCUCACUGCAAGAUAUGUACUCUCGGCAGCUCACUGUUUCAAAGGUCGCAGGAAUCGGAUUCAUUCUUUGAGGGUAAUAGCAGGAUCGACGAAUGCGAACGCAAACGUGCUGUAUAUGAUCACAUACGAACAGAGCCGAGGAAUGUUCGAUUACUACCAACAUGCUUCAUACUCCGCCGUGAAUAUUGAGAAUGAUAUUGGCAUUGUCGAGGUGAUUGAGGAUUUCAUUAUAACAGACAAGGUGAAGCCCAUCCGUCUACACACACCAGAUUUGGGUUUGCCGCUCGGAGGUGGUUUACAAUGUGUGGUGUCAGGAUUUGGCCGAGUCGAAAAUAAUGUCGAAUCGCCAUAUUUGAGAAUAGUAUGUGUUCCUUUAAUGGCACAACACUUAUGUAAAGCCAUUUUCCAUGCACGUUACAUACAUGACACCACAAUCUGCGCAGGUGCUCAUAAUAAAGAUAGUUGUACCGGUGAUUCCGGAGGACCAUUAGUGUGUGGAGGUGUGUUGGUAGGUUUGGUGUCAUGGGGGGGAGAAUGUGGGGCGAACGGGGGUGUGUACACUCGCGUAGAAAGCUACGCGGGUGGACACAGCUCGCCAUUUCUUUCCACGUUAUACCUGUCGUACUCAUUUCGAGAAUGCACCAUGCAAUUACGCAAUCCAACCAUAUAUGUCAUUGCAAUAUUUUACUUAUAUGUAUAUAUUAAUCAAGGCAUUUUCUUGAAAACGCACUAA